AUGAAGACUACAGAGUCAACCACUGAACAAACUCAAUCUACUACAACACAGGAAUCAUCAACUGGGGCUAAGAAAUCUACAUGGAAACUCCAAGAUUUUGAAAUUGGAAACUAUCUUGGAAAGGGUAAAUUUGGACAAGUAUACCUUGCAAGAGAAAAGAGAACAAAAUAUAUUGUAGCAUUAAAGGUUCUAGAUAAAGAACAAUUAAAGAGAGAAGGUGUAGAACAUCAAAUCAGAAGAGAAAUUGAAAUUCAAUCCCAUCUCAGACACAAGAACAUUUUGAGAUUAUAUGGCUAUUUCUAUGAUAGGCAAAAGGUAUAUUUGAUUUUGGAAUACGCAGCUGGAGGUGAAUUAUACAAACAAUUACAAGAAUGUAAACGUUUUUCUGAACCAGAAGCAGCUAGAUACAUUACAGGACUUGCCAAAGCUCUCAAAUAUUGUCAUGACAGAAAUGUCAUUCACCGUGAUAUCAAACCUGAGAAUUUAUUGAUGGACUCAAAUCAUGAUGUAAAAAUUGCUGAUUUUGGUUGGAGUGUUCAUGCACCAACCACAAGAAGAACAACACUUUGUGGAACUUUGGAUUAUUUACCUCCUGAAAUGGUUGAAGGAAGAGAACAUGAUUCAACAGUUGACUUGUGGUGUUUGGGAGUAUUGUGUUAUGAAUUCUUAGUUGGUGAACCACCAUUCAUGGCUCCAACACAAGAAGAAACAUUUAAGAAAAUUAAGGAUGUUGAUUUACGAUUCCCACCUUUCGUUUCUAUUGAUGCUCAAGAUUUAAUCAGUAGAUUACUUGUCAAGGAUACUUUGCAAAGAAUGUCAUUGACAGAAUUAUUUGAACAUCCGUGGAUUGUUAAUAAUUGCCCCGCCCAAUAA